GUUCUGUACUUCCUUGGUGCAGCUUAUGGGUUCCUACUUGCUGCCUUGGUCUGUGAGAUCUACUUUCUGCCCUGUGUUGAUGUCAUAGGCGAAGUGCUGAACCUGACACCAGAUGUGGCAGGCGCAACAUUCAUGGCAUUUGCAACAUCAGCUCCCGAAUUGGCCAUGACUGCUAUUGGAGUAUUUAUCACAGAAAGUGACAUAGGUUUGGGUGCUGUAGUGGGAUCAUCAGUCUUCAACAUUCUGGGCAUAGCAGCAUUCACUGGCCUUGCUGCCAGAGAGACUAUCACAUUGGACAAGUGGCCUCUCACACGGGACACCACCAUCUACGCAGUAGCAUUGUUUUCUCUGGUAGCUUCCAUCUGGGAUGAUAAAAUCACGUGGAUAGAGUCAGCAAUAAUGGUUCUCCUUAUUGUCACAUACAUCCUCAUCAUGGUUUAUAACAAGAAACUGAAAUAUUUUUUUGAAAACACGUGCAGACCUAGAAGAUGUCAAAAACAUGUAUUCUCCACGGAGACAACCAAUGUGGGUCAAGGAAUUUACCGACCGUACUUCCUGAAGAUGGUCUCACUCACACCUCGCAAUUCAAAACAGCCACGAGUUUCGGUCAUUGAAAGACAGAUGUCAGAUAUUACAGACGAUGGACUCAAAAACCUUAAUGAAGAAACGCAGUCCCUCCGACACCCACCAGCAGGGGUCAAGUGGUACGGCAAGCUGUAUUGGCUUCUCUGCUGGCCAGCACUACUUCUGCUCAAAGUUACAAUUCCUGACUGCAGCAAGCCCAAACUCCGCAAGCUUUUCCCUCUUACUUUCUUCAUGUGUAUUGUCUGGAUUGGAUUAAAUGCAUAUUUUGUCUCAUGGAUGAUUACUGUAAUUGGUGAUACUUUCCACAUUCGAGACUCAGUUAUGGGUCUGACUUUUCUUGCUGCAGGAGCCUGUUUUCCAGAAGUAGUGACCACCGUCAUCAUGGUUCGUAAAGGAGAAGGCAGUAUGGGGAUCAGCAAUUCGCUGGGUGCAAACACAUUAGGUGUGUUGAUGUGCCUCGGGCUGCCGUGGCUGCUAAAGUCUGCUUCCUCAAGUGGCGCCUCGGUCCACAUCGUCUCCAAUGGGAUGCGCUUCACCCUGCUGGCGAUGCUGGUGCUGACUAUUGUAUAUCGCUGGGGAAUGGUGACAGCAUUCCGGCAUCGGGCCAACAUGCUGUUUGGUUUGACUUGCCUCUUCCUUUACUUGGCAUACCUAGCUGUCUCCGUUGCCAUGGAGCUUAAUGCCUUUGGAUAUAUCAAUGGCCCUGUAUGUGAAUGGAUCUGAAGCUUUACAUCUAUCAGAUGCAGCGUCCAUGCAGCUCAGUGGACAGAGUUAGUGCAAAAUCA